CCAGAUAGUUGGUGGUGCUGAGAGGUGCAAUUUGACUGAAAGUAUUUAAUGUAUUUCCCUUGCAGUCAGAGGUCUUUUUGUGCUGACCCUAAUUAAACUGCGAGGAAGGCACUCCCUGCUGAGCGUCCGUACCAUUCUACUUAAUACAUUACUUUCAUAGUGAUGACUUACUCCAGAAAAAAAAAGCACCGACAAAUUAACUCCACCCUAUCCAGGAGCCGGAGUAGCAGAAGGAUAAAGAAAUAGUAUCUGCUGCCAUUUGGCCUUCACGUGAAAACAGCAGACUGUGUCUCAGGCACUUGCCUGGAAGUUGAAUUGAGGGGAAGUGGAAUCCGUUUUCCUGAGCUAAUUUCUCAUUUGCUGACAUUACAGAACUAUCCAGCUCAGGCUUUGUUUUCUUUCUUUUUUGAGAAGUUGUCUGUUUUUGCUUUAAGUGCACAUAAGCUGUAAUCCAAUCUCCAGUGAGUUACAUUGAAACCAUGGGCUCAGAAGCUGAGGAAUCAAAAGAAGUGGCCACAGAUGUCUUCAGUUCCAAGAGCCUGGCAGUUCAGGCUCAGAAGAAGAUACUGGGGAAAAUGGCCUCCAAGUCGAUCGCUACAAUACUGAUAGACGACACCAGCAGUGAGGUCUUGGAUGAGCUGUACAGAGUAACCAGAGAGUUCACGCAAAACAAAAAGGAGGCGGAGAAGAUCACCAAAAACCUCAUCAAGAUAGUCAUCAAACUGGCCGUUCUCUUCAGGAACAACCAGUUCAACCAAGAGGAGCUCGAACUCAUGGAGAAGUUUAAGAAAAAAGUCCAUGGGUUGGCCAUGACUGUCGUCAGUUUCCACCAAGUUGAUUUUACUUUUGACCGGAAUGUUUUGUCCAAACUUUUGAAUGAAUGCAGGGAGUUACUCCACCAGGUUAUCAAUCGCCAUCUAACAGUAAAAUCCCAUGGGCGAGUCAAUAGUGUCUUUGAUCAUUUCUCAGAUUGCGAGUUUCUUGCUGUUUUGUACAACCCCUUUGGACCUUACAAACCCCAUUUGCUGAAACUCUGUGAUGGUGUCAACAAAAUGCUAGACGAGGGGCACAUAUGAGCACUUCCAAUAUUUUCUACUGAUUUACUUUUCUUGCAUAAGUAACACUGCAGACUUAUGAGAGAGCAAGGGACAUUUGCAGGAAAUAAAGUACAUGUAUUCUGUGCACAGUCACAAUUGAUCACUUGCUGUAUUUUUCUUUGUGAUGAGGUUAUAUAUGCUAAUGUGUGUAUUGUUGUGCAGAAGCAUGAAUGCCUUUGCUGUGCUAUGCUGAAAAGAUAUAUAUAUUUUACUGCAUUGCUUUAACAGUGGUUUAGACUGGGGGUCUUGGCUGACUAGCACUGAGGAAAACUGGUCAAACUUGACUCAUAAUCCAUCAAAAACAUAAAGUACCAAAAAUAAAUAACACGCCUCAGUAUUACUGUACAGUUUAAUUUGCCCUGUCUUACAGAUGGUUAGAUUUUGUGUCCUGCUAAAUCUAAAACAGUACAUUGUUGUGUAAUAUUCAUUAUGAUUCCAAAAUUCUAUUUUGUUGUUACAAACUUAAAUAUUUAUAAAGAGUUUUAAUAAUACAUUCCUUUUAUAAGUACUCGGGAUUUGAAACUUGUUGACCUCCAUCUGUUGAAUGUGGAAAGCAAAUACUGUAUGAUGCAAUAAAACAAGUACAAAAACCAUAUACUGUAAUAUUAAAUAUUAUGUUGCAAAUAGGAGAGUAUUUAACUUAGAAUGUUUGUUUGUUUGUUUGUUUGUUUUUCAAAUGUUAUCUAACAAAAAAUAUAUAAAAACACAGCUGGCCAAUGCUGUAAAGCUAAUACAUUUUUAUAAAAGCAAAAUCUGUACUUAAAACAUAUGUCUUUUUUUUGGGGGGGGGGGGGGCUUUUUGCGGGGGCCUAACCUAUUAAAAAAAGUAUAUUUGCUAUUUAAUGAUUAAUAUGUUUCUUUCCUUAAUUUCAUGUUUUAAAUUGAUCUUUUUUUUACCCUGUUUUUUUUUUUGCCAUUUUCUUUCUUUUAAUGUGAUCAAAGCUCCCAAUGUGAAGUAAUGCUAACCUUAAUUGUGAAAUGUCAUAGACAGAGUGGAGCAUGAUUAUUUCCAAGUGUGUGUAUGCACCACAUUCAAUACUAAAGGUCAAGAGCCUUUCACAGUUUAGUUUUUACUACAAUAUUUAAGAAUUAUGAUUGGUCCCCUUUUACGUUUUUUUUUUAGCUCUUGUAGUAGAUGGCAAGAGACCUUUUAUACUAUGAGUGGUAAAAUUGCGUUUGUUUGUUUAAGAAUCAGAAAGUUUUAGAAACACCAGACACCUGAAAGCAGGCUAAUGGAGCACCAUUGCAUAUCCUAGAAAAAAAACCAAAAAAAAAACACUGUAGCUGUUUGGAGUAAGAAAGGGCAUUGUACUGCAGUCUCUGUUUAUACCACACACAUUUCUGUCAAGUAUUAUCACUUUGUAUUUGCCAGAGAAAAUAAAGUCCAGUCCUUUGCCGUUGCAA